AUGUAUAACUUCACUGAAAUCACACAAGACUACCUCCAAAACCUGGUCGACUUCCUCUACUCAAUCUCAUGGAUGUACAAAGUCCUCAACACACAAUACGUCAAAGAGAAUGUUUUGUCGGAAAAUCGAGAAUUUUUAUCACUUUUGGAGAAAAUUGACUUGAAUGAAUUUGUGAAUGCAAAAGAACCUCAAAAUAAUCAUCCAAAGGAACUGCAGAAACUAAUUGAAAAUGUUAACUUCUUCAGAAUUAAUUUCGACAUAAUCAAUACAGAAUCAUGGAAGUGCAACAAUCAGCAAAAGAAAAUGAGUGUCAAAAAGUUGUACGAAAUUGAAAAUAUUGGUAAAUUAAUUAAUGAAAUUUGCAAGGAUGAAGUCACAACUUUGGUGGAUUUGGGGUCUGGGUUGGGAUAUUUGGAUGAAUAUUUGCAUACAAGUUAUGGAUAUAAAAUCAUUGGACUUGAAGGAAGUGCAAAUAAUCAAGAACGAGCUGUAAAAAGACAAGAAAAAUAUUAUGCUGAGUCAAUUGGGAAGGUUAAGCAUGUGCAUCACUUUAUUACGAUGGAUUCUGGAGAUUUUAUAUUGAAGGAAGUUGAUGAUGUCAAUAAAGUUGAGGAACUGACUAAAGAAUCUGCAAAUAUUGAGAAUAAGUCACAAGAUUCAGAUUCAGACCCUGCAAAAGUCGCCCUUUUCGGCCUUCAUCCAUGCGGCGACCUUUCAAUUGUCUGCAUCAAGCUGUUCCUUAACAUCGAUCGUGUCAAAAAGCUCAUAUUUAGUCCAUGUUGCUAUCAUAAGAUGAGUGGAACUACUGCUGACUUUGUAGAAUUUAAUUACUAUCCAUUGAGUCAAACUGUAAAGGAACUAGAGGCAAAAUAUCCAACGAACCCGUUUCUACGUCCAUUUUUGAGACUCGCUGGGCAGCAAUCGCCGAUAAAAUUCAAGGAAAUGACGGAACUUGAGCAUUUUGUGCAUGGAAAAAAUAUGUUUGAAAGAGGUGUUGUCGAAGCUGUCUUGAUAGACAAUGAGACAUCCAAAAGGGUCAAUAAUGUGACAUUCAGUGAAGGAAGACUCAAGUUUGAGGAUAUUAAGCUUAAAUAUCAAAUUUUGGACAAGGUAUCCUCAACCCCAAAGCCAUGGACAUCCGAGCAUGAAGAAAAGUUCAACAAAAUCCGAAAUUUACAUCCAAAAGGCGAGGAAAUGAGCGAAAAUUUGUUCUGCCUUCAAACAGCUGUUCAGAAUUCAUGUGAGAAUUUAGUGAUCAUGGAUCGAGUCUUUUACAUUUAUGAGCAAAUGAAGAGUUUAUGGUUUAUUUCAAAUGGUUUUAGUGAUGACAAUAGCUGCGAGCAGUGCGAUUUUGAUCGUUAUAACAUGAAAUUGAGUCUAAAGUACCAUUUAAAUCACUUGGAGUGCUUAUAUGAGUAUGUUUGGCAUAAAGUUGGUGUUUAUCUUGUAGAAAAACAGAACAUGAAGGAAAUUAGAUCUAAAUGUGCACAAUAUUGA